GGACAAGGAAAAGAGGGAGAUAUUUGUUGGGCUUAGUGGGCUGUGCACUACUCGGAAUGUGAUCCUAACGCGGGCCGGGGAGACUCCACUCCACGUCUGUGUCCUCUUCAUCGCAACUGCCUCUGCCUGCUUUCGUUUCUGUUUGUUUGUGUGUCGGAGAACCUCCCGGCUCCCCGCAGUCCCCCUGGCCUCGCAGAUCCGCGGCCUGCUUCGUUGCUGCCUUGCCAGCAAGCAGCCGCGCUCAUCCUCGCGGACGCCAGCGGCGGGGCAGCCCCCUCUCCUGUGAUCCACUCCGGCGCCCGUGGCCGCGGUUGCUCCCGUAGGUGCCGCCGCCUCCUCCUCCCCCUCUUCAUCCUCCUCCCAGAUCUAUCCCCGUGCCCGCGGCACCUGCCGGCGUCGUGAAAUCAAGUGGCUUGACGGCAAAAGGACCCUUUCAAUCAAAGAGAAUUUGGUCGCUGAGGCUGGAAAAAAUCUGGAUGUGUUUAACUUUUAGGGCUUACUAUUUUUGAGAGGUGGUCUGACAUAGACUAUCCACAAUUCAGCGCCAGGUCUCAGGGAGCGACCUACCCCAAGGUGGGGAGUUCGUUCCUUUUCCAGUAACGAGGAGGGCAAACUCAUAUUCCAUCAUGAUGGAAGAGGACAUGGAAAAUGGAAGGUCGUAUCAAGAAAGACCAAGGACUUUUUCAACAGUACGAAGCAAGUCAUCUAUCCCGCUGGCCUUACGUUUGUUGAUGAGGAUAAAUCCCCGUGCCUUGAUUAUUCUUUCUCUUUUGGUAUUCAGUGGUGUGCUAUAUGUGGGAGCCAGUACAUCACCAAUUGUGGUCUUUGUGUUCUGUAUAUGUACUCUCAGUCUAUUCUUCUCUCUCUACCUUACAAAGUGGGUUCUUGCUAAGGACGAAGGACCACCAGAAAUGUCUGAGAUAUCUGAUGCCAUAAGAGAUGGUGCUGAAGGGUUUUUUAAGACACAAUAUGGAACUAUUUCUAAAAUGGCAUUUAUUCUGGCCUUUGUCAUCCUUGGCAUUUAUCUCUUUCGCACUACUACCCCACAGCAGGAGGCGUCUGGCUUGGGAAGGGCAACACUAGCCUAUAUUACAGUUGCUUCUUUUCUUCUUGGAGCAUUAUGUUCUGGAAUAGCUGGCUUUGUUGGAAUGUGGGUGUCUGUGCGUGCAAAUGUACGAGUUUCAAGUGCUGCUCGGCGCUCUGCAAGGGAAGCAUUGCAGGUUUGGAUUUCGUUCCUGGACGCACUUGGCAUUUGCCCUUCUACAAUAGAAUUUCAAAUCAUGUCUGUUUUCUCAAAACAGAUUGCUGUCCGUGCUGGUGGUUUCUCAGCCAUCGUAGUUGUUUGCAUGGCUGUAUUUGGCGUGGCAAUAUUGUACUCAACAUUUUAUGUUUGGCUUGGAGUAGAUUCACCUGGGUCAAUGAAGGUUACUGACUUGCCUCUUCUCCUUGUGGGAUAUGGUUUUGGUGCCUCUUUUGUUGCCCUUUUUGCUCAGUUGGGUGGUGGAAUAUACACCAAAGCUGCUGAUGUUGGAGCUGAUCUGGUCGGAAAAGUUGAGCAGGGAAUACCCGAAGAUGAUCCUCGUAACCCAGCUGUCAUUGCUGACUUGGUUGGUGACAAUGUUGGAGAUUGUGCUGCCCGAGGCGCUGAUCUUUUUGAGAGCAUAGCAGCAGAAAUUAUCAGUGCAAUGAUACUUGGAGGAACUAUGGCACAACGCUGUAAAAUUGAAGAUCCCUCUGGCUUUAUUUUGUUUCCUCUUGUCGUCCAUUCAUUUGAUUUGGUGGUGUCAUCAGUUGGAAUUCUCUCAAUCAGAGGAACACGUGACUCUGGACUCAUUUCUCCUAUCGAAGAUCCCAUGGCAAUUAUGCAAAAAGGCUACUCUGUUACUAUUAUGCUUGCUGUUCUUACGUUUGGGGCGUCUACUCGUUGGCUUCUGUACACGGAACAAGCACCUUCUGCAUGGCUGAAUUUUGCAUUGUGUGGCUUGGUGGGGAUCGUCACAGCAUAUGCUUUUGUUUGGAUUUCGAAGUAUUACACGGAUUAUAAACACGAGCCAGUCCGGCUUUUAGCUCUUUCGAGUUCCACAGGACAUGGAACUAAUAUUAUUGCUGGAGUAAGCUUGGGAAUGGAAUCAACAGCACUACCAGUUCUAGUGAUAAGUGUUGCCAUUAUAUCAGCAUAUUGGCUGGGGCAGACCUCUGGCUUGGUGGACGAGUCUGGCAACCCAACUGGUGGUCUUUUUGGGACAGCUGUAGCAACAAUGGGGAUGCUUAGCACUGCAGGGUAUGUUCUCACCAUGGACAUGUUUGGUCCUAUAGCUGACAACGCUGGUGGUAUUGUUGAGAUGAGCCAGCAGCCUGAAAGUGUGAGGGAAAUCACAGAUGUUCUAGAUGCUGUGGGCAACACAACUAAAGCUACUACGAAAGGAUUUGCCAUAGGGUCAGCAGCUCUGGCUUCCUUCCUCCUGUUUAGUGCAUAUAUGGAUGAAGUAGCUUCUUUUGCUCAAUUGCCAUUCAAGGAGGUUGAUAUAGCAGUCCCAGAGAUUUUUGUUGGUGGUUUAUUAGGCUCGAUGCUUAUAUUCCUGUUCAGUGCAUGGGCUUGCUCAGCAGUUGGCAAAACUGCACAGGAAGUUGUUAAAGAGGUCAGGAGACAAUUUAUUGAGAGGCCUGGUAUCAUGGACUACAAAGAGAAGCCGGAUUAUGGACGCUGUGUUGCAAUUGUGGCAUCUGCAUCCUUGAGAGAAAUGAUAAAGCCUGGAGCUCUAGCAAUUAUAUCACCCAUGGCCGUUGGCGUUGUCUUCCGGAUUUUGGGCCACUACACUGGUCAGCCUCUUCUUGGAGCUAAAGUUGUAGCCUCCAUGCUGAUGUUUGCGACGGUCGCUGGGAUUCUCAUGGCACUCUUCUUGAACACUGCUGGCGGCGCCUGGGAUAAUGCAAAGAAGUACAUUGAGACUGGCGCUCUUGGUGGCAAGGGCAGCGAGUCCCACAAGGCUGCGGUUACUGGCGACACGGUUGGAGACCCAUUCAAAGACACUGCUGGACCGUCGCUGCAUGUUCUUAUCAAGAUGCUCGCCACAAUCACGCUGGUCAUGGCUCCGAUAUUCUUGUGAUUAACCAACCACUCAUCAAGCUUGCUAUUAACCCUGCGGAGAUGUACCUAUGCGACCAGGUAGAUGAGGUGUGUGUGUGUGUGUGUUACCUGCAUGUGAUGAUGUAACGGUCCAAUCGGUUUGUGUCACGACAUGCUGUACCCAGAGAAAGAAGCGGCGAUCUAUACCCAUGUCUCACGGUAGAUAUUAUACUGAUGAUGCAAAUGCCGUGUUUUGUUACUGAAUUAGUGGCCUGAAAGUUGCGCUUGUUGAUUGAUGAAACAUUAUGGUAGCGUACUUGUAUGCUGCAUCCCACAAUGGAUUUUAUGAUGUGGACCCCGAAUGUUUUGCUUAUACAAUGUUUGCUAUGCAUACAUGUA